AUGGGCAAAAUGCCGUCACAGAAGGACCUUUUUGAGGUUUCAGGACCAACGCACUUGACAUAUGUGAAUUGGAACUGCCCACACCACCAGCGGUCCGUCAUGGCGAGCCUCGUCCAGGGCGUGUACGUCAUGGAGCGCGACCGGCAGUGGAACCGGCACGGCCACGACGCCCGGGCGCCGGCGUGGUGGAGGUCCUUCCACUUCGAGAUGCGAGAGGCGCUCGUGGACGCCGCCGACUCCUCCGUCUUCGGCGCGGUCUACGCGUUCCAGCCGCCGUGGCACCUCCUCGAUCCCGCGGCCGCCGCCAGCGCGCCGCACUACGUCGUCGCCUUCCGCGGCACCAUCACCAAGAAGGCCUCGGCGUCCCGGGACCUCAAGCUCGACCUCCAGCUCGUCCGCAACGGCCUCGACGGCACCUCCCGCUUCCGCGCCGCCAUGCAGACCAUCCACGGCGUCGUGGCGGCGGCCGCGGGGCAGCCGCACCGCGUCUGGCUGGCCGGGCACUCCCUGGGCUCCGCCAUCGCGACGCUCGGCGCGAAGGCCAUGGCCAGGGCGGGCGUCGCCCUCCCCACGUUCCUCUUCAACGCGCCGUUCCCGUCGGCGCCGGUGGAGAAGAUCGGGGACAGGCGGGUGAAGCAAGGCAUCCGCAUCGCCAGCAGCUUCGUCACGGCCGGGGUGGCCGCCGUCCUCCACCAGGGCCGCGGCGGCGGCGGCAGCUGCGACGCCUUCGCGAUGCUGGCGCGGUGGAUGCCCAACGUGUUCGUCAACCCAGGUGACCCCAUCAGCGCCGAGUACGUGGGGUACUUUGACCACCGCAAGAAGAUGGAGGACAUCGGCGCUGGCGCCGUGGGGAGGGUGGCGACGAGGAACUCGGUGAAGGACCUGCUGCUGGGCGUCGGCAGGGCGGGCGGGUGCGAGCCGCUGCACCUGUUCCCGUCCGCCGUCCUGACGGUGAACCGCGGCCCGUCGCCGGACUUCAAGGCGGCGCACGGGAUCCGCCAGUGGUGGAGGCCGGACCUGGCGCUGGAAUGCAGGACUCAUCUCUACUACUAGGCUUGAAUGCUUGAUCAUGGGGUUGGGUCACAAGUUGGGACCCGAGACGUCCAGUGGAAUCCGAUCUGCAAAAUGCAGGGAAAAGACACUUGAUCAUAGUCAUGGAUUCAUCCAUGGCAUCAUUCAUAAUCUCUCUCAACCCACCUUACAAAAUUACAGACACAGUGGGCUCUUGUUCACUUAUGCCUUAUUAUUGGAUCGAAGGACGUAUUUACAAACAAAAAAUAUUUUAGCUUUAGCUUUAAUUUCCCAAGAAUUUAACACUCCUUGUUCAGUUGGAGGAAGUUAACCCAUAUAAACAGUAAAAGUGAAGGAGUGUGA